GUCAGUGGCGAGAAGGAUUGAUCGAGGCUGUAUUCGUCGAAUUAAAUCGCAAAAAAAAAAUCAGACGAAAGCAGAGUAACAAUGGCGGCAGCAGAGUUAGCAAAUUCCAUGAUCUUCACGCGUUGUUUAAUCGAUGAGAAAGUGUGUUUGGUUCUCGUUGAUGGAGGCAGGGAGAGGAAUUUAAUCUCCUCCAGAACAGUGGUCAAGUUAGGGCUGCAAUCACAGCUACAUCCAGCCCCCUACAACGUCCAAUUACCGUACGAAAAAUACCCAAGUUUUGUGAUUUCUCAGGUGGUUGUGGACUUUUCGAUUGGUUCGUAUAAAGAUAGAGUACUGUGUGAUGUGGUUUACAACUUGCCCAGCCAUAUUGUUUUGGGACAGUCUUGGUUUCAUGAUCGACAAGUUCGGCUGGUUAGCAGAAGAAGCAAGCAAUUUCGAUUGAAGCAUCAAAGCAAGGCAUUUAUUUUGAAGCCUUUGGCUGUAGAAGAAGCUUUGGAUGACUUGAAGGUGAUGCAGCGACUUCAAGACAAGUACAGGUCGUCGUUGGUGGCCAGGCCAUUGUCGGUGAGCAGCAACUUUGUCCAACCUCUGCUCGGAGCUGGAGCCCUCUGUUCCUCGAUGGCAGUACAGGGUAGUGAGGAAAAAGAAUCGAACAGCGACAUGGGGGAAGAUUCGAUCAAGCCCAAUGCAUCUGAGACGAUUGUCGACACCCCUGGAGUGAAUUCCACGGAAGGAAUUGACUUGAUCCGAGUCGAAAAGUCGACUUUCAUUCAGGGCGAAUACCUCUGUUCUCCGACGCCGAUGCAGGGGAAGAAAGAGAGUGAAUCGGUUAGAGCAGUUGGGGCCAACCUAGAUCAAGCUCGAGACCUCGACACAGUCAGUGAGAUGGCGAGAACGUGCUGUGCGGUUCAAUUGGAGUUGAAAGGCGUCGAGGACGAAACGCCCAAUUCAGAAAUCUCAACCCAAAACGUGAAGCAAAACGAAACCAAGAAGGUUGAAUCAGUUGAAGCGAUUGGGCACGAAUCGAUCAAAACGGAGACCUUGGGCAUGUUACUGAUGUUCCAAGGAAGCUCGGGAAGUCUUCAAUUUGGUGCAGAGAUAGCGGAAUCAAAAAUGCCCAAAGUUGAAUGGGCCUCGCCGGAAUCAGGCAAAUUGCUGCCGGAUUCUGGGAAUUCAAACGGUGCAGACGGCGGGAAAAUCGUUCUUUGCAAUUGGGAUCUAAUCGAGCGCAAUCGAACUUUGAUAACGGUGGUGAUCGAUUCAUGGAAGCCAGGUGAAGCGAAAGGAGGCAAUGAAUUUGAACAAUAUGGCGCAGAGAUGAAAUACCCAAAUUCGACGAAGUCGUCGGAAACCUCGGGUUCGCCGGAAUCUGCAAAAUGUUUGUCGGAUUCUGGAAAACGGCCAACUGCGAUUCUGGAUGUAUUCGAGCACACUGAUUGCGUGGGGAAGGUCCGUUGGAGCCCUACGAAUCUAAUGAAGCUCAAAUCGUGGAGAAAAGAAGACAAUUUAUGGGCUGGAGAAGAAUUUGAAGUUCAAAUUUUUUUGCCAAAAAGUGUGUUUGGGCAGUCCACUUUCGAUCCAAUUUGGGAUCAAUUCUGUGAAGGUUUUGACAAAAAGAAUGAUCAAGCUUUGAGGGCAAAGCUUUUUGAAGAGGGGGAGCCUGAUAUGAUCCUAAAUGGCCAACUCUACACGUUUUUAUUACUUGACAAAGAAGCUAUCGAAGUUGGGAAGAAGAAGGGCAGAAUUUGGCUAAGUCAAAAUCCGUGUUCAGGGUACAUAAUUUGGAGGCAUGGUUCUCUCAAUUGGCUUAUUGGAAAUUCAAUGUUAAGGGUUUGUUUUGCAGAUAACGUUACCAUCUUUCCAAUGGUAUGCUUUAUGGGUCCAGAAGAUGUCAUUAAGGUUGUUUUCCAAGUCCUCAAAGUUGCUACCUUAAAACUGGAAAACUGCCAGAAAAUGACUAAGGCAGAAAACUGUUCUGUGAAGCCUACUUUGGAGCUCAAUUCAAGGAGCAUGGAUGGGAUUCAAGUCAAAAGGCUUCCACAACAUAAAACUAGGUAUGUUUGUGAACAAAGGGAAGGAAUUGGAUGAAAUAUUGGAGUUCGGGAAGGCCUCGAACGAAAGGCGCGAAGUUAGUACGAAAGCUGCCUUUUGACUGUUUGCUGGCAGCUUACUUGCACUUGAAGAAAGAGAGUUUAAAUCC